GAAGAAAAAUACAGAAGAAAAUGUUGAGCAUUAUAGCACGGCAUGGAAUUGCAAGGUUCGCACGUCUAAAUCGUUUCUAUUCUUCAGCUAUCGCACCAAUUCUAAACCCGGAAAUCUUUUGCAGGCAGAUUUUCGUGAAUAACGAAUGGCACAAUGCCAUAUUGGGAAAAACAUUCCCUACCGUGAAUCCUGCAACAGGUGAGGUCAUUACUCAUGUUGAAGAAGGAGAUGCGCCAGAUGUGGAUAAAGCCGUAAAAGCAGCUACGAAGGCCUUUGAAUAUGGAUCUCCUUGGCGUACAAUGGAUGCGUCUGACAGGGGAAGGCUGCUGAACAAACUCGCAGAUCUAAUAGAAAGAGAUAGAAUUUAUUUAGCAAGUUUAGAGACCUUGGAUGGUGGGAAACCCUUUUCUGAUUCUUUUAAUAUCGAUCUUCACAUGACUUUGAAAACUUACAGGUAUUACGCUGGAUACUGUGAUAAAAUAAGUGGAAAGACGUUGAACAUUGACGGAGAUUAUUUUUCUUAUACCAGGCACGAACCUGUAGGCGUAUGUGGACAAAUCAUCCCUUGGAAUGUACCUCUUCUAAUGCAAGCUUGGAAAUUGGCACCAGCUCUUGCCCCUGGAAACACUGUCGUUCUCAAACCGGCGGAACAGACAUCGCUAACUGCGUUGUACAUUGGGAAACUCAUUAAGGAAGCUGGGUUUCCACCAGGUGUCGUAAACAUCGUUCCUGGUUAUGGCCAUACCGCGGGUUAUGCAGUUGCUGCCCACAAAGGAGUCAACAAAGUUGCAUUUACUGGAUCUACUGAAGUUGGUCAAAUUGUCAUGGAAACGGCGGCCAAAUCGAACUUGAAGAGAGUGACUUUGGAACUUGGAGGGAAAAGUCCCAACAUAGUAUUCAACGAUGCAGACUUGGAUUUGGCUGUUCAGUCCGCACAUCAAGGUGUCUUCUUCAAUCAAGGACAGGUGUGCUGCGCAGGAACAAGAAUUUUUGUGGAAGAAGGUAUUUACGAUAAAUUUGUGGAAAAAAGUGUCGAAUUGGCAUCCAAAAGAAAAGUUGGAAACCCUUUUGAUCUAAACACGCAACAAGGCCCUCAAAUAAGUGAAACUCAAAUGGAUAAAAUAUUGAGUUUAAUUGGCAGUGGAAAAGAAGAAGGUGCAAAAAUGCUGUGCGGCGGUGGUCGGCUGGGCGACAAAGGUUACUUUGUGUCGCCAACUGUCUUCGCUGAUGUUCAAGAUAAUAUGAAAAUUGCAACCGAAGAAAUAUUUGGUCCAGUGAUGCAAAUUCUUAAAUUCAAAACAAUAGAGGAACUAGUAGAAAGAGCUAACAACACCAUGUAUGGAUUGGCAGCAGGAAUAUUUUCACAAGAUAUUGAUAAGAUCACGUAUUUUUCAAGUGCACUGCAAGCUGGUACCGUGUGGGUAAACUGCUACAACGUUUUCGACGCACAGGCUCCUUUUGGUGGGUUUAAGAUGUCUGGAGUUGGAAGAGAAAUGGGCGAUUAUGGACUGCAAGCAUAUACUGAAAUAAAAACAGUGACAAUGAAAGUGCCCCAGAAAAACAGUUGAAAAAACCUUGAACUAGUAUGAAAUGUUAAAGGAAGACAUUUCAUAAUAGAAUAAUGUAUGAAAUGUUAUUGGCAAUAAAUAUUGAUAUCAUGUUCGCUGCG